GGCGCUGAAUGCGCUGCCGGGGCCUUUGUGCGGCAGCGAGAGAAACGGCAAUAACAACGCUGAGCAUCGGCGGCUCCGAGCCCCAGCUCCCCGCCCGGCCCGGCCCGGCCCGUCCUUCCUUCCCUCCGUUCCUUAGCAACGCACAGCCGGCACCGUCCUCCCCGCCCAGCAGCCGAGAAUGGAGACCCGGGCAGCUGAGCAAGAGCGGAGCUGAGGUACAGAGCAGUUCCCUUUAAACUGGAAGCGGCCUGGACAUCCUGUCCCCCUUGCUGGACUGAUUUAGUGUGAAUCCCCAUCAAGCUGAGCCUCUCUGGGUCUGAUUAGAAUGGAACAAACUGCAGGCUCAACAGGAGAGAGGGAAAGUUGAGGAUGCUGGGGCAACACGAUGGAUUUCUCCUUCACAUUCAUGAAAGGUAUCAUGGGAAACACGAUUCAACUGCCGCAACAACUUAUUGAUUCAGCCAAUAUGAGGCAGGUUCCUGACGUCCUGAAUGCCAGCGGUGGCAUCGGGGAAGACAGAGGGCAAUCGUACGAGGCUUCCCUACAACAAGGCUUUACCUAUCCUGCUUCUGGAGCUGAUACUAUUCCACCAGUUACCAAUGGCUACUCGAGCGUUAAUAUGUAUGAAUCACCAAGCAAAUACCCAGCAUAUUCCCAACUCCCCAAUGGGUCUGCCAAUGGUUAUGGCACAUAUAGGAAUUUUGGCUCCAGUGACUAUUACCUAGAGGAAAACUACUUGGUGAAACAACCUGAAAUUCAAGAAAAAGUGCCCUCUCCACCUGUUCCUGAACCUGUCACCCCAAAGAAGACGGGCUCUCCAGAGAUCAAGCUGCGAAUAACUAAAACUUACCACAAUGGCAAGGCACUAUUUGAGUCCUCGCUCUGCGGGGAUCUUCUAAAUGAGCAGCAGGCUUUGGCUGCUGAAUCAGCAAUGGCUCGCAAGCAAAAAAGGGAGAAAAAGAAGAGAAGUAAACAUGAAUCUGUCAGUGUUGAGAGACAGGACCAUAAAGCCAUCAAGGUAGAGCAUGAGGAAUGCAAGACAAACUGUGGAAACUCUGUAAAUAAGGCCCAUCAGUUACCAGACUCUGGAAAUCAGACAGUGGCUUCAACACUCUACCAGGUUGGAGACUUGGUGUGGACAAAGGUUGGUACUUAUCCCUGGUGGCCCUGUAUGGUGUCCUGCGAUCCAUUGCUGCAGGUUCAUACCAAGAUCAACACAAGAGGUGCUCGUGAAUACCACGUGCAGUUUUUUGGGACAGUGCCAGAAAGAGCCUGGAUCCACGAGAAGAGGGUAGCCCCCUACCAGGGACGCUCACAAUACGAGGCUCUUGUAGCAGAUACUGCCAGACAAGCCAGUAGUGCUGCAGAGAAGCAAAAGAUCUUGAAGCCCAUAGCACAAAGAAUCCGCCCUCAGUGGGACGUUGGCAUAUCUCAAGUAGAAGAUGCAUUAAGAUUGGCUCGGGAGGACAGGAUAGAACAGUACACCUUUAUUUAUGUGGACCAGAAACCUGACCUAUCAGCAGAUACAACGUCAUUAAAUCUCGAAGUGAAGAGAAAUAGACAACAUGAAAAUUUGUCCAGUCCUCCGCGAGACCGGACAGCAGCGCAGAAAGCAGUUUCUGCAGCCUCUGCUACUAACGAUGCAGUUUCACGUGCACAUGAAAGGCAAGCAGAUAUCAAAGAGCCUGCUCCCAAAAUGACUUGGAGAACAGCAGCAGCUAGAAAAUCCCUGCCACCUUCUCUUUCAAACCUCAAAGGGAACCAGGCUGAGAAAAGAAAUAGUGGCAGCCCUGACUGUGAGGUGUUGCCAGUAAGAAAAAGUGAUCAGAAGGGAACAGGUAUUAAGACAGAGCCAUCGCCAAGAGAAGUGGAUGAAGUUUUGAUUACACCAUUAAGCUUGCGGAGUGAGAAACGAGAAGUGGAGUCUCUGCACCCAUGUGCACAUGGGGAGGCACACUCUGUUUCGUCAGAAAGGAAACCACAAAGAAGGUCAAUUAGAAGUCGCUCUGAAUCUGAGAAGUCUGUUGAGGUUGUACCAAAAAAGAAGAUGCGAAAAGAACAGAUGGAAACUAAUCCAAUGACAGCAGAGACUAUAUGUCCACAGAGAGGUUCGUCACUACCCCAUGCACAUGGAGGAAUGUUAAGUUCAGCCCUGCCAGGUGCCAGUGAGCUUUCUGAUUCCUGUAAGCCACUCAAAAAGCGUAGUCGGGCAUCCACGGACAUGGAAAUGACAAGUCCAGGGUACAGAGAAAUUAACGAUUCGGACUCCAGAGGACCACUGAAUGAGGUUGGUUUGGAGAAGAGGCCAGACAGCCCAGUACUUCCUCCUGAUGCAGAUGUCUCAGAUGAAACCUCAAUGGAUUCGUGUUUAUCCAGGCGUGGUACAGGAUCAUCAAAAAAGGAUAACAUCUGCCAGAUCUGUGAGAAACCUGGAGAAUCUCUGGUGCCCUGUGAAGGAGAGUGCUGUAGAGUUUUUCACAUAGAGUGCCUCGGGCCGGCAGAGCUACCCAACGGGAAGUUUACGUGUAUGGAAUGUACUACAGGAAACCACGCAUGCUUUUCUUGCAAAUUAUCUGGAAAGGUUGUAAAAAGGUGUUCAGUGAAUUCGUGUGGGAGAUUUUAUCAUGAAUCCUGUCUGCGGGGUUAUUCUUCGGCUAUGUUUGAAGGGAAAGGAUUCCGAUGUCCCCUCCACUGCUGUUUGGCAUGCUUGGCAGACAACCGUGAAAUGGCUAAAGCAACCAAAGGUCGCAUGAUGCGCUGCUUACGAUGUCCUGUGGCUUACCACACGGGGGAGAGCUGUAUCGCAGCCGGCAGUCUGGUCCUUUCAUCCCACAGCAUCAUCUGCAACAACCAUUCUAGCUUGAAGAAGAACAGUCGGGCAUCUCUCCAAGUAAACGUAAGCUGGUGCUUUAUCUGUGCCAGAGGGGUAAUUGACCAAGACCAAUCUGAAACCCUUAUCAGUUCAUAUACAUAUAAGUCGCACUACCUCCUGAGCGAGUCAAAUCGUUCGGCUGAGUUGUUGAAAAAACCUAUGAUUCCUCCCUCACCGUCAACUACAGUAAAGAAAUGUGGGAAAGGUGGCCGCCUGUUGUGCUGUGAAUCCUGUCCAGCUUCUUUCCAUCCUGAAUGCCUGAAUAUUGAGAUGCCAGAAGGAAACUGGUAUUGCAACGAUUGUAAGGCUGGCAAGAAAUCACGGUAUAAAGAAAUAGUCUGGGUCAAGCUGGGCAUCUACAGGUGGUGGCCAGCAGAGAUCUGUAAUCCCAAAUCUGUGCCACUUAACAUUCAAGCAAUGAAGCAUCAUAUCGGAGAAUUCCCCGUGCGUUUCUUCGGAUCGAAUGAUUACUAUUGGGUGCAUCAGGGCAGAGUCUUUCCUUACUUAGAAGGAGACAAAGGCAACGUGUCAGAUGGGCGAGCUGGCGGUAUCAAUGAGAUUUUCAAAAAAGCACUGGAAGAAGCUGCUAAACGAUUCCAAGAGCUGAAAGCACUGAAAGAGAGCAAGGAAGCACUAGAAAAUGAACGCAAUGAAAGAAAACCACCUGCAUAUAGAUUUAUUAAAACAAACAAGCCAGUUGGGAAAGUGCAGAUUCGCAUUGCUGACUUGUCAGAAAUCCCACGGUGCAACUGUAAGCCCACCGAUGAGAACCCUUGCGGGCUGGACUCAGAAUGUCUGAACCGAAUUCUGAUGUAUGAGUGUCAUCCCACUGUCUGUCCAGCAGGGGAGAGGUGUCAGAACCAGUGCUUCACCAAACGAUUGUACCCUGAAACGGAGCUUGUGAGAACGGAUGUGCGUGGCUGGGGUCUCCGCACUAAAGUAGACAUUAAAAAGGGGCAAUUUGUAACCGAGUAUGUCGGUGAGUUAAUUGAUGAAGAAGAGUGCAGAAACCGCAUAAAGCAUGCUCACGAAGCCAACGUUACCAAUUUCUAUUUGUUGACCUUAACCAAGGAUCGUAUCAUCGAUGCUGGACCCAAAGGGAAUUUCUCACGGUUCAUGAAUCACAGUUGCAAUCCAAAUUGUGAGACACAGAAAUGGACAGUGAUGGGUGACACACGUGUUGGACUCUUUGCACUUUGUGAUGUACGAGCAGGUUCUGAACUAACCUUCAAUUAUAAUUUGGAUUGUUUGGGCAAUGGAAAGACUGUGUGUAAAUGUGGAGCUCCCAACUGCAGUGGAUAUCUAGGUGUACGUCCAAAGACCGCUGCUGCAACAGCAAAUGAAGAAAAGGCAAAGAAUGCAAAGAAAAAGAUGAAGAAACGCAAAGCCAAGAUAGAUGUCAGAAAAAUGCAUGAGGACUAUUGCUACCGUUGCUGUGACGGAGGCGAGCUGGUGAUGUGUGAUAAGAAGGAUUGCCCCAAAGCAUAUCACCUCUCUUGCCUUAACUUGACCAAACCACCGUUUGGGAAGUGGGAAUGCCCCUGGCACCACUGUGAUGUUUGCGGCAAAACAUCCACCUCCUUUUGCGACUUCUGCCCGAACUCCUACUGCAAGGAGCACCAGAAAGGAGCCCUGACCACUUCAGCGCUGGAUGGUCGCCUCUGCUGCUCGGAGCAUGAUCCAAGCUGCCCAGUGGAAUUCGACUCUUCUUCCUCCGUCAGUCUACAGAACAAUUCGGCAGCUGAGGACACUAGCGAGGAAACCAACGAAUGAACGCUUCCCAAUGGAGGCGUGGGUGACUGUAAUAUUUAUCAGGGCAACCUUUAGUGUUCCACAAUAAAGGGCUCUGUGGAUUGUAAAUCAUGAAGUGGAAAACUCAGAGGUAUUGAGGGAGUAAGUAAAGAUGACCAAAAGAUUGUUUUGAUGUUAUUUUGGUUUAGUUUUUAUUUUGGACACCUUAAUGUGACAAAGCUGGUAAUUUAGUCUUUAAGAAUUAUUGUCACAAUUGGGAAAUAGUGUUCUAAAUUGUCUUUUUUUUUCUAAAUUGCAAGUGUAUUGUACUUGCGUCAGAUACUUGAUGUCUGAAGGGAACCUUGCCCAUCUCCACUAAAACCAAAACCCAAGGAUAAUGUUAUGUAGCUUGUUUAAAUAAUGUUUAAAUUUAAUCACAGUGAGGUUGUGGGGAGGUUUGGGGGAGGGAUAAGACAAUGGACAAUGAGGUUCACUGGUGGGUCGUGACAGGACAUGGGAUGGCCACUCCCUCUCCAGAGUCUCUAAAAUGGAAAGUGGAUUUUGUACAGCACUUCGUUAAUUUUAUAGAUCUUGCAGUGGGCCAAGAUCUGCUCGGUAGGAUUGGGGAAAAUUUAAAAUCCAUGUUGGAAGUGGUGAUAAACUGCCAGGUGAACAGGUCGUGAGCCUCAACAUUUGCUAGGGCAAGGAAGGAAAUAUGAAGGGUCUCGAUCCCAGGAUGGUGGGUGGCAGCUGCUGGUGCAAUGGUUUACUUGAGGUUCAGCAAAUGCAAACCUUUUGUUCUGGGCCUUGGAUGUUAACCGAUAUCCAAGUGUGGAAAACACCUCCAGAUUUUACUCCUACUUGUAAUAUUUACAGUUGUAUUUUCUCCACAUGUAUAAGUGAGCAUUCUAAUUCAAGUUUUGCUUUUUGAAGUUCAUAUUGUGUUAUUGGCACUACCAUUAUGGCUACAGUUUGACAGACGUGAUUUUAUUAUUUUUAUACAUUUAUAUGUAAAAAGCAAAAUUAUGAUAGAAAAAUAUCAUGUUUUUUUUAAAAACUGAAACUUAAAAUGUCAUCUUUGUUCUUAAGAGAAUGAGUGUUUUAUGGACAAAUAAAAUACUCAGCUAAUUGAAAGUAUGCCUAGAAUCAUAGAAUCAUUACCAUGCAGGAGGAGGCCAUUCGGCCCAAUGUGCCUGUGCAGCUCUGAGCUGUCCAUUUUUUCCCGUUAUUGUAUCUGCUAACGCUGCCCAAACAAACAGGCCAUUCCUGUUCACUUUUUUUCCUCUCUUUCUCUCACAAACCCAUCCUUAUUUUGAACACUUUUAGUAAAUCUCUCCUUAAUCUCUGAAUCUAUGAUUCUAUGAAGUACUUCUGUAUAUAAUGAACAUUUAAAUAUGUCUGUAUAUCUAAAAUAACCUUACACCUUUCUCAUUCUGAUACUAGAACUGGUAGAAUAAACUUGUGAUUUUUGUUUUUCAACAUUAUUCACAUGUUGUAUUUAAUAGCAAAAAAAGUCCUCCUCAUCCAUUGCAUCCAAGUUUUGCAAGUUCAGGGUAUCCAUUCAAAAAACAUCUCUAAGUUAAACUGCCAAGUUUCCCCAGUAGCUCGUUUUUUUUUUAAGUUUGUCUUUCCCAAUUCUCCACCUUCUUCCCAACUUUACUUUUCCCCUUUUGAGUACAUUUUCCACUGGUUGCUGAGUCAUCAUUGAGCUGUGACUGUUGAAUACUUCCUACCUUAGGUGACACAAUUCCUGUGAAGUAACCGUGUAUUGUCAGUGGUGUGAACGGGAUAGUGAAGUGUGGGACAGCUGGGAAAAUAUUUUCGUAAUCUUUUAUCAAAAGCAUUUGAUUUCUAUCUCCAGCUCUUUUUUUUGUGUGCCUGCAUAAAAAGCCUAUAUUGAAAACAUAUGUGUAGAGACUAGCUGAUUGAAGAGGAAGAUGUAUUCUUGAUCCUAGUUACAAACAGGCCUCCUCCUGUAUAUUAUCUCCUUCCUAAAAUUGCCUUGCAUCCUUUGCUAGUCUAUGCCCAAUCUGGUACUGUCACCAACUUCAACACUUAAUGAAACAAAAUGUGCAUCCAGUGUGCUCUGAUAGUGAUGGUGGUGGUCCCACCUCCCCCACCCCCCACCAUUUCUUAUGUUGAGUUUUGAUUCUCAUACCGCAGUGUCGCUCAGGCUACUCUGGACUCCUGUCAGAUGUAUAAACACUGCAUUUUAUUUUCCAGCGUUUUCAACAAAACUUAAAUUCUUUUUGAAUGACUAUAUUUAUUCUCUCUAGUGUGUCCCCCUUCUCUGCUCCUUCCCCUUCUCUUCCUCCUCAACACUUUAUGGAAGGAUAGCCUUAAGUUCCUUCUUCAAACCAAGCCAAUGGAAGGAAUGCCUCAUUGCCCUUACUGGAUUGUGCACCCAAGUUUCUCGAUAGAGAUGCUCCCAUUUGCCAAGGUUGAUAAAUCAUCCAGCCCCCAUCCACAGAUCUCUUGGCAUUGUAGUUUAGAGAUAGCUGAUCUAUUACACAUCCAGAAGCAACACCGAAUAUCUUCCUCCCCUGAAAGUUCAAUUGGGCAUAGACCAGAUAACCUUAAAUAGGGUGGCACUGGAUGAACUUGAGAAGCCAGCACAUGUGAGUCUAACACAGUAUGGGCAAAUGUACCUUAUAGGAACAUGGUCACAGGUGGCUGUAAUUUAGGAUGGCUUGUCAGCAGACUGCAGUAAACCCUCAUUCAUCUGGUCAUGUGAAAUACAAACAACUCUGGAUAGUCCAGUGACACAAGUUCCAAAAAAAACAGCUGAAGGCCUUAAAGGUUGGUUGGCUCCAUAUAGAUUCUGCCAGAUUAACUGAGUGUUUCCAAUCAGUUUUUUUCUCUCUCCCUCUCUAUUAAUUGAACAGCUCUGACCCAUGUCUCUCCCCAGCAACUAGCUUGGAGCACUGAACUAAGAAUUAUAAUGUCUUGUAUGUACCUCUGUUUAAACGUUUUACUUUGUUGUGCAAUUGUAACAUUGAAUACACUACAUGGUUGAUGCUGUUGUGCAAUGCACCACUAUUCCAGUGAGGGUACAUAUCUGCCUGGAAGGUGAUUUUUUUUUUCUCUUUAUUUUCCCUAUUUAGAAGUAGUGUUUUUGUUUAAAUAUAGUUUUGUAAAUUAAUUAAUACCUAUGUGAAUAAACAUUUUAAAAAAAAAAGACCUUUCCAACAAAUGUAUGUGGCUGCCUGGGUGGCACUUUUGAAGUGACAUGAUGUACAGUCUCUUGUGUUCGGCAAACUUUCAUGGGCAGUGUGCAGAAACUGGGUUGUGGGUGGAGGAGGUCAAGGAAAUGCAGAUUGGCAUUUGGCUGAGGAUAAGCCAUAAAGGUGUAACAGGAGAAGCAUGUCAUCGAGAUGAUCCAUUUUCAACUCCCCAUUCCCACCAAAUCUCUCACUCGUUCUUGUCCAACAGACUGCCCAGCAGAAAUGAUGAAUGAAAUGUAUCUUGUGUUAGGAGGAUGAUGUAAAGAUUUCUUUCUUUCACAUCUGAUGUUCAGAAGCCCUGUCUGCUCUAUCGAGUGGACGUAAAAGAUCCCAUUAGCACUAUCAUGAAGAAGAACGAAGUUCUCCUGUGCCCUGGCCAAUAUUUAUCCCUCAGUCAACAUCACUGAAGUGGAAUAUACAUCAAAGGUCAAUGUCACAUUGCUGGUUAUGAGAGCUUGCUCUGCACAAAUUGGCUGACUCUCUUCCUAUAGUAAAGCAGUGACUGUAAAAGUACUUCAUUGAUUAUAAAGUGCUUUGGGACUUCCUAGAAUGGUGCUACAAGCCUUUUUUUUCCUAAUUGAACUUGAUUCACACAAAAAAACAUUUGAAACCUGACCUUCAGUGGAUCAGUAUGAGGAGAUGCUCCGGUGGUGGAUUGUUUUAAGUUAUUUUCCUCCCUUUCUUAAAACUUCACUUUUUUUAAGUGUGUUUGCCAUAUGUGACUAAAUGUUUGGAUUGUAUGUCAUGUGACACUAACUUUUUUCUUUGACUGUUGUUGACUGGUCUGGUUAUAUCUGUCAUUAUAGGAUGUAAGAAUUUACAUGCAAAAGCUCAGAUCCUGUCUCCCUCUUGUCUGACUUUGGAAGAGGGGUAUUUCCAAGAAUGUUUACUAUUUUAAUUGUGAAUGGCUGGUAUCAUCAGAUGUGCUGGCAAAAUCAGAUGUUUUAUAACAUGUGUUGUCCUUAAUAAAUUAAAGUAUAUUGAAA